AUGCUGCACACCCGCAAUUCUCGCUAUGGAAAACUUUCCAAGGGUUUAGGGUUUAGGGUUUCGCCGCAGCUGAUAAAGAGACAAAGCAGACACAUUGCUUCUCUCAAGUGCGGCCUGCAACUCAUUCUCGGGGUCAACGGUUACUUGUGGAUAAGCGUGCCGAGCGUUGGGAGCGAAGAGGCAGCAGCGGCGCAGCCGCCCGCGCAGCAGCAGCAGCAGCAGCAGCAGCAGCAGCAGCAGCAGCAGCAGCAGCACCACAAUGUCCAGCAGCCCCAACCUGGGUGCAACAGCUUCAGCAGCUGCAGCAGCAGCUGCUGCAGCUUCGGCAGCAGCAGCAGCAGCAGCAGAUAUAGCAGCAGCAGCAGCAGCACGCCGUUUGGGUCGCUGCUAGUGCCGCUUGAAGAGACAUUGCAGCCGCAGCAGCAGCAACAGCAGCAGCAGCAGCAGCAACAGCAGCAGCAGCAGCAGCAGCAGCAGCAGACCCUCAGGGAGAGUAAAAGUCGCCUCUCUCGGUCCCUGCUGCUGCAGCAGCAGCAGCAGCUGUUGAGAGAGAGGAUAGAAGCAGCAAGAAGCGCUACAGAGCUGCUGCGGCUGGUGCAGCAGCAGCACAAAAACCUCAAUGCUGCUUCUGCUGCUGCUGCUGUAGUCAGAUUCGCAAAGAUACAGCAGCACCAGCAGCAGCAAACUUUGCCCAGCAGCAGCAGCAGCAGGAACAGUAGCAGCAGAAGCAGCAGCAGGAGGGCCAUGUCUACUGAGACUUUGCUGAAGCAUUCCACGUUUUACCGUUUGCUGCUGCUGCUGCAGCUGCAACUGUCUCUAGGGGCCCCGCUGCCGCUUGCUGCUUUAGUUUAUAUUCCCUGGGCCUUUGGGCGGCUGCUGCUGCACUGCAGCAGCCACAAAGAGCUGGCAGCAGAUAUGCUGCGCCAGAUUGAAUCGCGGCUUCUGCUGCCGCAGCAUCUCCCCUCCCAGCAGCAGCAGCAGCAGCAGCAGCAGCAGCAGCAGCAGCAGCAGCAGCAACUGCUGCCGCUGCAGCAGCUGCGCUGCAGCGGUUUGUGUCUUCUUGUCUGGGGCCUUUCUAAAGCAGGAGCUUCGCAAACCCUCUGGCAGUUUGCUGCUGCAGCAAUAAGGGACAAAGUCCAUCUUUUCAACCCCCACGAAGUAGCAAGUCUGUUAUAUUCUUUUGCGCGAAGCAAAGACCCAAGGGCCCUCGAAGCAGCAGCAGCAACACCAGCAGCAGCAGCAGCAGCAACGGCAGCAGCAGCAGCAGCAGCAGAGCCAAGUGCACCAGCGACAGGAGCAGCAACAGCAGCUGCCGCUGCUGCAGCAGCGGCAGCUGCUGCAGCAGCGGCAGCUGAUUUAGCAGCAGCAGCAGCAGCACCUGUUGCAGCGCCAGAAGGCUCAGAAGAAGCAGCAGCAGCUGCUGCUGCUGCUGAAGAGGUAGCCGCAGCAGCAGCUGCAGCAGCAGCACCAGCAGCAGCAACCUGCGAGCCUCAAAGCUUGCUGUCUCUGCUGGCUGAAAGAGCUGCUGCUGCUGCAGCAGCAAUGAAGGGGCGCACGCUGAGCACUGCAGCACUGGCCCUAACCAACCUCAGCAGCAGCAGCAGCAGCAGCAGCAGCAGCAGCAACAGCAGCAGCAGCAGCAGCAGCAGCGGCAGGGAUAUCGCUAGCAGCAAGUCUGCUUUUUUGGCUGCAGCGGCUUCCCAGAUCAUCCCAAAGGCUCACACAUUUGAUACACAGGCCCUGACGCUGCUGCUGUAUUCGUAUUCUUUGGAGUACCAGCAGCAGCAGCAGCAGAGGCAGCAGCAGCAGCAGCAGGUGACUGUAGCAGUGUUAGAAAGCCUUGCUGCUGCGCUGCAGCAGCAGCAGCAGCAGCUGCUGCCUGAGGGUUUGUGCAUUUGCUGCUUAGUGCUGAGCCGCUGCAAGUGGAAAGACAGCUGGCGGCUUUUCUCGGCGCUAGAGAACCAACUGCUGAAGCUCCAGAGCUUCGAGUGCUUCUCACUGCAGCAGCUUAUUGUGUUGCUGUGGAGUGCUGCGAAGCUCAAGCAGCAGCAGCUGCAGCAGCAGCAGCAGCAGCAGCGGCCGCAGCAGCAGCAGCAGCAGCAGCAGCAACAACAGCCACAGCAACAGCAGCAGCAGCAGCAGCAGCAAAAUGUAGAGCUGCUGCGGCGCCUCACUGAGGAGCUCAGUUCGCGGUGA